AUGAUGGGGUCUUCCAGAUGGGAAGAUCGUCUGCACAGAUGGGUUGUGAGAUUUAAAAGGAUUUAGCGUUUCGGUGAGCCUGCGACAUGGCUGAAGCUGAAGGAAGCUCCGAGCAGGACGAUGUCUCGUUUUUACGAACGGAUGAUAUGGUUUGUUUGCAAUGCACCGCAACAGGAGAAAGAGUAUGCCUGGCUGCAGAGGGAUUUGGAAACCGGAACUGCUACCUUGAAAAUAUUGCCGACAAAAACACUCCACCCGAAAUGUCGUCUGCCGUUUUUGUCAUUGAACAAGCCUUAUCCGUCAGAGCUUUGCAGGAAAUGGUCACAGCUAUGCAGUCUGGAUCUGGAAAGAGUACUCAAUCAGGACACAGAACUCUUCUGUAUGGUCACGCUGUGUUGUUGAGGCAUGGAAACAGCAAUAUGUACCUGGCUUGUCUCUCAACCAGCAGUUCAAAUGACAAAUUAUCCUUUGAUGUUGGCUUACAGGAACACAGUCAAGGGGAAGCGUGUUGGUUUACAAUCCACCCGGGAUCCAAACAAAGAUCUGAAGGUGAAAAAGUUCGAGUGGGGGACGAUCUCAUUCUAGUGAGUGUAGCAACUGAAAGAUAUCUGCACACAGCUCGAGAAGGAACGGAAACGAUAGUGAAUGCCAGCUUUCACCUUACUCACUGGUCUGUUGCCCCAUUUGGUACUGGAGCCAGCCGUGUCAAAUCCGUAGGUUAUGUGUUUGGAGGAGAAGUUCUCAGAUUCUUCCAUGGUGGUGACGAAUGUUUGACUAUUCCUCCGACGUGGGCAGAUGCACCCGGGCAGAAUAUGGUCGUCUAUGAAGGUGGAGCUGUUCUGAGUCAAGCGAGAUCACUUUGGCGGUUGGAAUUGAUUCGGACAAAGUGGGCUGGAGGUUUCAUAAAUUGGGGUUACCCUUUACGAAUCCGACACAUCACAACUGGGAGGUAUUUAGCCUACAACGAUAACAAAGAAGUGUACCUCGUCAACAAAGAUCAAGCAACUGUGGCAGCCACAGCAUUCGGUCUGAGACACACCAAAGACGACAAGAAGAUAGUGUUGGACGAGAAGGAAGAAGAGGUUCUGGGUUCGCCUCUCAUCAAGUAUGGUGACACAACUGUAUUCAUUCAGCAUCAAGAGACAGGCCUAUGGCUCUCAUACAAGACAUAUGAAACUAAGAAAAGAGGUGUUGGAAAAGUGGAAGAAAAACAAGCUAUUAUGUCAGAAGAAGGUAAAAUGGAUGAUGGUCUGGAAUUCAGCAGAUCGCAGGAGGAAGAAUCGCGCACCGCUCGAGUCAUCAGAAAAUGCAGCUUCCUUUUCAACAAGUUCAUCGUUGGAUUAGACUCCCUGCAGCCUGUUCAGGAGGUGACCACUCAGCAACAGUUUCAGGCUGCAGAUUUAGAAGAAGUCAUACAUUGCCUGGAAGAUCUCAUCGCCUAUUUCGAACAACCAGAGGACGAUAUAGAACAUGAAGAGAAACAGAAUAAAUUAAAAGCCUUAAGAAAUCGUCAAGAUCUCUUCCAAGAGGAGGGCAUUCUUAACCUGAUUCUUGAAACAAUAGACAAAAUCAAUAUGAUAUCCAGUGCUGGUUAUCUGGUGGCAUUAGCCGGUGAAGAUUGCACGCAUCUGUGGGAUGCCAUCUCCGGUUAUCUGUAUCAGCUUUUGGCUGCGGUCAUCAAAGGGAAUCACACAAACUGUGCUCAGUUCGCACAGUCCAACAGGUUGGAUUGGUUGUUCAGUAGGCUUGGCAGUCAACAAGCAGCCGAAGGAACAGGAAUGUUGGACGUACUUCAUUGUGUAUUGAUUGACAGUCCAGAAGCCCUAAACAUGAUGAAGGAAGAUCACAUCAAAGUUAUUAUAUCUCUGCUUGAAAAACACGGAAGGGAUCCAAAAGUACUGGAUGUGUUGUGUUCGUUGUGUGUCGGUAAUGGAGUUGCCGUGCGUAGCAGUCAGAAUAAUAUUUGUGAUAAUUUACUCCCUUCAAGAAGUUUGUUGCUGCAGACGAAACUUGUGGAUCAUGUGGCAAGCAUGCAUCCAAAUAUGUUCGUGGGUAAAGUUGAAUUGUCAGCCAUGUACAGAAGAUGGUAUUUCGAAGCGAUGGUCGACCAUUGUGAGAUGAAGUCACACCUCGAACCUCACUUCAGGGUCGGAUGGGCAAACACCAAGGGAUACGUCCCCUAUCCCGGGGGUGGACUGAAAUGGGGUGGAAACGGUGUCGGAGACGACAUGUACUCCUAUGGGUUUGAUGGAGCUUAUAUGUGGGCAGGUGGGAGGUGCAAUAAAGUUCGUGAUUCUCCCUUGAUUCAGAAAGGUGACGUCAUUGGAUGCGUCUUAGACUUAAACAUUCCAUUCAUGUAUUUCACUGUAAAUGGCAUUCGAGUGAAAGGAUGCUUCAAGAACUUCAACACGGAUGGAAUGUUUUAUCCGGUCAUCAGUUUCUCAGCAAAACUCAGUUGCCGUUUCAUAUUUGGAGGUGACCACGGCAGACUGAGGUACGGUCCCCCAGAAGGUCACUCCCCGUUAGUGGAAUCCCUCCAGCCUAAGCAGAUCCUCAACGUCGAACCCUGUUUCCAGUUCGGAGAACUUCUCAAGGGAGUCAUCUAUGGACCCAUGCUGGAAUUGGAUGACGUAGCUUUCGUUCCAGAACCCGUUGACACCACUGGGGUGACUCUUCCGGGCUAUGUGGAGAAUGUCCGCGAAAAGCUCGCGGCAAACAUACAUGAAGUCUGGGCAAUGAAUAAGAUUGGAGCUGGUUGGUCUUACGGAGAUGUGCGAGAUGACGCCCGGAAGAAACAUCCUUGUCUCACAUCAUUCGACAGAUUACCCAUGGCUGAAAAGAGAUAUGACACAACAUUAGCUUUACAAACUUUAAAAACUAUUAUGUCUUUAGGAUACCACAUAACUGUUGACAAACCUCCAGCUAGAAUUCGUAACAUAAAACUUCCAAACCAGCCCUUCCUUCAGUCCAAUGGAUAUAAGCCAGCUCCAUUGGAUCUUCAUGCCAUUACAUUGAACAACAAGAUGGAGGAACUGGUUGAACUUUUGGCUGAGAACACACACAAUGUCUGGGCUAAAGAAAGAAUACAGCAAGGGUGGACUUACGGACUCAGCGAAAAUAGUGCCUUAAAAAGGAGCCCUCACCUAGUGCCUUAUAGAAAUGUCGACGAUGCCAUCAAGAAAGCCAACAGAGACACUGCAAGUGAAACAGUCCGGACCCUUCUUACAUACGGAUACAUAUUAGAUCCUCCAUCGACCGAAGCUCUUGAAGGGGCGGUGGGUCAGAAAGACCAGACGAAGUACGAUCAAAGAACGUACAGAGCGGAGUCAACGUACGCCGUAACGAGCGGGAAAUGGUACUUCGAGUUUGAAGUGAUGACCCCAGGAUCUGUGAAAGUGGGCUGGGCCACUCUUCCCUUCAUUCCGUCAGUGGAGCUGGGUGGAGACGAUCACUCUUGGGCCUAUGAUGGACAUUUGGGAUAUAAAUACCACGGGGGUGGUACAGAAUCUUAUGGAAAACAAUGGCAGGUCGGAGAUGUUGUCGGAUGUUUAUUGGAUCUGAACGAUCGAACAAUAAGCUAUACCCUGAAUGGGGAACUUUUAUUGGACAGUUUGGGUGGCGAGACAGCAUUUAACGACAUAGCCGCCGAAGAAGGUUUUGUUCCCGCUUUUACACUCGGAAUUGGACAAAAAGCUAAGCUUGUUUUUGGCCAGGAUGUGAACCAUCUUAAAUAUUUCACCGUUUGUGGUCUGCAGUCCGGAUUCGAACCUUUCUGCGUGAAUAUGAAUCGAAAUAUGACUUUCUGGUACAACAAAGACGAGGCCACGUUCGUCAACGUCGACGAAUUGUCCGAAUCACCUAUUGAAGUGGGUCGAAUCCCGGCAGGCACUGGGGCUCCUCCAGCCCUCAAGAUCUCUCACAGACUGUAUGAGACAGUUGACAAAGUGAAUUAUGAAUUUGUGAGGCUUAGUCUUCCAGUCACAUGCAACGAUGAGUAUAUUGAUGAAUUAGGUAAAGCACGAAACUGGGAAGAGAUUCGCCGCCGUCAGAGAGGACAGUUUGGAGACAGGUCUAUUCGACAUCCAGCAAAUUUAGAGCAUCAUAUGCUUGAAAGUGGAUUUAGUCUUUCAGACGUCAAAGAUUUGGAAAGAGGUUAUGCAGAAGAUGCUGCAGGAGAUAGAGGAAGAACAGGAAAGCGUCACUCCAUGGACUUGGCAAUGAAUCUCGCUGUUCCCCUCGGUCCAACCGAUCCCUCCAAGCUGAGGUCAGCAUCAACAGAGAACAUCCACAAAAAAGAACUGGAGAGUGGCACGGAGAGCGAUGCGGCCGGAAUGGAACCUGACAGGCCAAAGAGGAGAGGUCGUUCCCCGUUCCGUUUCUUCAAAAAGAAGGAACCUACCCAAGAGGCUUUCUCGGAUACCGAAACUGUUCGACCGCCUUUGGAGCAGCCGGCAGGACUCGCUGCCCAAAGGUCGAUACGAGUGUCCACUGCCCAACUAGUUCCCCCAACGGUGCCGGAUCGUGUCCCGACAGCGGCCAGAAAGCUUUCGAGGAUUCCGACAGAGGUCACUCCUCCUGACGAUGGCAGUGAUUACUUGGAUUCCUCUUCUUUGGACCUUAUCGACGAGUACUUUUAUGCUAUUCGAAUAUUUCCCGGACAAGAACCGAACAACGUGUUCUGCGGUUGGGUGACAACCACUUAUAAGCAGUCUGAUACAAUUUUCGAAAAUAACAAAAUUCGUAAAGUCAUCUUCCAAGGGUUCGAAGAGAUGCAGGAAGUGAUGGAUCGGCAGGAUUGCUACAUGGUGUGUGCAGGACAACUGUACUCGGAUGUGAGUCAGGGGGAUGCUAAUUCUCGCAGCUCAAAUCAAGGGAUGGUUGUUGGAUGCCACGUCGACACUUCGAUGGGUCUCAUUACAUUCACAGCCGAAGGACAACCGACGAGAUACACUUUUAAGGUGGAGCCUGGCACUAAGCUUUUCCCAUCUGUGUUCUUUGAAGCUACGAGUAAAGAGGUUCUUCAAUUUGAGCUGGGUCGAACAGCAACAACUCUUCCAUUGUCCUCAGCUGUUUUACGCAGUACCGAAAGACACCUCACCCCUCAAUGUCCACCUCGACUUAAAGUUCAGUGCUUGCAGCCGUAUCAGUGGGCACGUGCCCCGAAUGUAAACUUGAAACCACAUGCUCUCAAAUUGUCUGAUAUCCGUGGUUGGAGUAUGCUUUGUGAAGAUCCCGUCUCCAUGCUUGCUGUUCACAUUCCAGAAGAAGACAGGUGCAUCGAUGUAUUGGAACUAAUUGAACGAGAAAAGCUUCUAAGUUUCCAUGCUCAUACACUGGCUCUGUACGGUGCUCUAUGUUUCCAAGGGAAUCAUCGAGCUGCCCACACCAUCUGCACCCAUGUGGAUGAGAAGCAACUCAUGUACGCCAUACAAUCUGAAUACAUGUCUGGACCACUCAGAACUGGAUUCACAGAUCUACUCAUUGCUCUGCAUUUAGAAUUCCACGCAUAUGCAAGGAGUUUGACACAGAAUGAGUUCAUCCUUCCAUUGGGACCAGACCUCCGAUCGAUGUAUCAGGAGCCAGCCUCUGCUCACAGUCUAUCGACCAUGCAAUACUCUUCCAUCAGACCCGAAAUGACCAUGAGUCCUAUCGCGGAAAAGAUAACUUCGCUGAAGGAUUUAAGCACUCCGUAUUUCCCGAUGGAAAAUCUGAAGCAGUUUAUUAUGGAAGCAUUGGAUGACGCCGUCUGCAAGGGAAAUAGACCCAACAGGGAUCCCAUUGGUGGAAGCAACGAAAAUCUCUUUGUGCCAAUUAUUAAACUUGCUGACAAACUUCUGUUGAUUGGUCUUCUUCAAGAUGAAGAACUCAUGGCUUUACUUCGACUGAUUGACCCCGAGAACUUUGACGAAGAAUUCAAUCCAGAGAAUGAGAAUCAAGUUCGUGGAUUGCUUGCAAUGAAUAUCGCUGAAGGUGUUAAACUCCAGAUGUGUUAUUUGUUACAUCACCUUUUUGACCUUCAACUACGCCAUCGCAUCGAGUCUCUUAUAGCUUACAGUGAGGAUUACGUCGGAGAACUUCAAACGGAUCAGCAAAGAAGAUACAUUGAGAUAAAGCAGUCAGAUAUGCCAGCAGCCGUUGCAGCCAAGAAAACCAGAGAAUUUAGAUGCGCUCCAAAGGAACAGAUGCGUGCAAUCCUGUGCUUCAAGAAUUUGGAGGAAGACGAGACAGACCAGUGUUCUUGUGGGGAAGAGUUGCGGGAUACACUCAUUCAAUAUUACGAGGAAUUGGUGGGACGGGUGAAAGGUGCCUGCUCCCCAGAAGAUUCAGGGGAGGGCGAGGAGAAAUCAGAGGAGCCCUCCAAACCCUGGACACAACGUCUCUUAAAUAUAGUCAAGAUGGUCAAAGCUGCUGACCAAGAAGAGCAGCCAGAAGAAAAGGAAGGACCCAGGCCUGAAGAACUUUUACAGCGAAAGAUUGUGGUGACACUCGUGAAAUGGGCUGAAGAGAGUGAAAUUGAGAACAGAGAAUUAGUCAGACAAAUGUUCCAUCUACUUCUGAGGGCAUUCAAUGGAAUAGGGGAGAUAAUGGGAGCCAUGGAGAAUACAUAUACCAUCAGUUCUACAAGCAAGGACGACGUUGUCAUUCUUCUUGGUUACCUACAAAGGGUAAGGGCACUCCUACCUGUACAAAUGGGACCUGAAGAAGAGGAAAUCAUGCGCAACAGUUUGUGGGCUAUGGUGAGCAACAGAGUGUUUUUCCAGCAUCCUGAUCUCAUUCGAAUUUUGCGCGUCCACGAAAAUGUUAUGAAAGUGAUGAUCAACACUUUAGCUAAAAGGGCUCAAAGUGACUCUGGUCCAAAUACUUCACACGAGAUGGUGGUCGCUUGUUGUCGUUUCUUAUGUUUUUUCUGUCGAACCGGAAGACAGAACCAAAAAGCCAUGUUUGAGCAUUUGGGAUUUCUUCUGGAAAACAGCAAUAUUCUUCUAUCUCGACCUUCGUUGAGAGGUUCGACGCCCCUCGACGUCGCCUAUUCCUCCCUCAUGGAGAACAGUGAGCUGGCUCUGGCACUGCGAGAACAUUAUUUGGAGAAGAUUGCCAUCUACCUCUCAAGGUGUGGACUACAGUCUAAUCAAGAUCUACUGGACAGAGGUUACAUCGAUGUGGGAUGGGAUCCCGUGGAAGGAGAACGUUACCUCGAUUUCCUUCGAUUCUGUGUCUGGGUCAACGGUGAAAGCGUUGAGGAGAAUGCCAAUCUUGUCAUUCGUCUACUCAUUCGUCGUCCUGAAUGUCUGGGUCCGGCCUUGCGAGGCGAAGGACCUGGAUUGCUGGCUGCCAUCAAGGAUGCCAUCAAAAUGUCCGAGAAAAUAACCGUCGAAAAAUUAGCGGAAGGGUCGACUGAAGAUGAGGAUUACAUCGACAUGGGAUCGGCCAUCCUCAAUUUCUACUGCUGUCUCGUGGACCUUUUGGGACGCUGUGCUCCAGAAGCUGCUGCCAUUGCUCAAGGAAAGAAUGACUGUAUCAGAGCGAGGGCUAUUCUCCGGUCUCUGGUUCCCAUGAAGGACCUCGAAGGGGUGCUCGGUUUGCGAUACAAUCUCCUCACUCCUCAAGGAGGCGAAAGUGAUAUGCCUAUCGGUGUACAACCCAAUCACAAGCAAUCCAUUGUUCUGUUCUUGGAGAGAGUCUAUGGGAUUGAGAGCCAAGACACAUUCUUCCGUCUCUUGGAAGAUGCUCUUUUGCCAGAUCUGAGAGCCGCUACAAUGCUAGAAAGGUUUGAUGGAUCAGAGAGUGAAAUGGCGCUGGCAUUGAAUCGUUACAUCGGCAACUCUGUGAUGCCUCUUCUCAUCAAGUACUGCCACUACUUCGGAGAUGCUGACAAUUAUGCUAAUCUUCUGGAUGCAACACUCCACACCAUCUACAAACUCUCCAAAGUUAAAAUAUUGACAAAAGGUCAGAGAGAGGGAGUCUCUGAUUUCUUGGUGGCUCUCACUCAUGAGAUGCAACCGAGUAUGUUGGUGCGUUUGUUGCGAAAGUUAACUGUGGAUGUUUCUGUGCUCACUGAAUAUACAACUGUAGCUCUAAGAUUGCUGACCCUUCAUUUUGAUCGUUGUGGAAAGUAUUAUGGAUCACCCGGAGGACAGGGUGCCUACGGAGCGGCAUCCGAAGAAGAGAAGAGGCUGACGAUGAUACUCUUCACAAAUAUCUUCGACUCACUCGCAAAAAUGGAAUACGAUCCCGAUCUGUUCAAUAAGUCACUUCCUUGCCUGACGGCCAUCGCCUGCGCCCUUCCACCCGACUACUCCCUCACUCAGAGCGGAGAUGAUGACCAAUGGUAUAAAGAAUCUGGACCCACAGAUGGACCUUAUAUGCCAGAACCCAUCACAACCACUAUGGUACAACUUACACCAGACCUAACAAAUGUGAUUGUCAAGUUUGCCGAACAUUUUCACGACGCAUGGGCCAUUCGAAAGAUGGGGAACGGUUGGGUGUAUGGUGAUUAUUGGAACGAUGAGCGAAAGUGUCAUCCUCGAUUGAAACCCUUUGCUUUGUUGAGUGACAUGGAGAAAGAACGUUAUGAAGAACCAAUUCGAGAGUCAACUAAAGCCCUCCUCGCCCUCGGAUGGAAACUCGAUCCAAGUGAAGCACGAACAACCCUACCCCGCACAUCCAAAUCGGAGUCUGUUCAUACGUAUACACCUCAACCAGUGGAUAUGGCAAAUUUGACUCUCACCAAAGAAAUGCAGACCAUGUCUGAAAGAUUGGCUGAAAAUGCGCAUGAUAUGUGGGCAAAAAAGAAAAAAGAAGAACUGGAAGCUUUAGGUGGUGGCAUUCAUCCACAAUUAGUUCCGUAUGAUUUAUUGACCGACAAAGAAAAACGAAAAAAUCGAGAACGUUCGCAAGAAUAUUUGAAAUAUUUACAAUACGAAGGCUAUAAAGUGUACAGGCUAGGCCUCUAUACCGACCAUGCUGACUUUGCACACUCUGCUAGAAUCGGAAGAAAAAUAGCGAGGGAGGAUGAAGGUUUGGCCUCCACACCCGUUGCUGAAGAGCGUAGGUUUGCUUCCUCUCUCUUAGAGAAACUGAUAGAGUACAUGGACAUCACGGCCAUCAGCAUGAAACUCCUGAAGCCAAGUGGAAACUACAGCAGGCGAAACAGUUUCAAGACAUCGACGCGGGACGUUAAAUUCUUCAGCAAGGUGGUGCUACCCCUCAUGGAAAAGUAUUUUUCUUCUCAACGUACAUUUUUCUUAGCGGCUGCAACAAGUUCGGCUACAGCUUCAAAUGUUGGGAUUUCUACAGUGAAAGAAAAAGAAAUGGUAGCCAGCCUUUUCUGCAAACUAGCCGGUAUUCUACGUUCAAAAAUGAGUGUUUUUGGAUUUGAUGCUAGAAUAUCGGUAAAGUGCUUGCAGGUCUUAAUUCGAGCAACCGAUGCAAAAACAAUAGCUAAAAAUUGUCCGGACUUCGUGAAGACGUCUAUGCUUACAUUUUUCAACCAGGCUGCAGAUGACUUGGCUCAACUUGUUUCAAAUUUGUCUCUAGGAAAAUAUAGCUUACUUCGAGGGACAACCAUGAAAACAUCGUCUUCCCUUAAUUACAUCCAACUUGUCCUCCUACCCGUACUCACUGCACUGUACGACCACCUGGGGGCUAAUGAAUUCGGAUUCGAUUUAUUGUUGAAUGAAGUUCAAGUUGCCUGCUAUAAGAUAUUAAACAGUCUUUUUACUCUGGGUACAAAAGCUGAUCUGAGCAAUAGUAGAAAAUUCAUCAAAACGGAAUUGAACAGGCACAGAGCAGCUUUAGGCAAUUGCCUGGGUGCAUUUGCUGGUACAUUUCCGGUCGCCUUCCUAGAACCCAUGCUCAAUAAACACAACCAGUACUCCAUCCAUGGUCGACUCCAGGAGACAUCUCUGGAAGCUCAGGCUGUCAUGGCCGAACUGGAGUCCAGCAUGCCUACCAUAGAUGAUCUCAUGCAGCAAGUUGAGAAGUUUGUCAAUGGUGGAAAAUAUACAGAGACGCCGGCUGUUAUAGAUGUUAUCAUCCCUAUGCUUUGCAGCUACUUACCAUUUUGGUGGAGUCAAGGCCCUGACAGUGUGAAUGUCGAAUCCGGCAAUCAUGUGACUAUGGUGACUUCUGAUCAUCUCAACUCACUAUUGAAAAACAUUUUGAGUUUAAUUAGAAAAACUGUCGGGGAAGAUAAUGCACCGUGGAUGGUUAAUAUUGCAGCUCAUGCUGGACAGAUUGUGAUAAAUUCCUCUGAAGAACUUUUGAUAGAUCCUGUGCUGCCAUUGGCGGAAAAAAUUGGUUCUCGUGGAGUUGCUGUCUUCCAUAAAGAAGAAGCGAUGCGAGGCUAUUUGAAGUCAGCCACAGAAGACACCUCUCAAAUCGAAGGACAGCUCCAAGAUGAAUUUAGUUUGUUGGUGAGAGACGUCUAUGCAUUUUACCCACUCCUCAUUAAGUACGUCGAUUUACAAAGGGCUCAUUGGUUGAAACAGAAUACCAAGGAAGCAGAAUCUGUGUACAACUAUGUGGCACACAUAUUCAAUAUAUGGUCAAAAAGCCAGUAUUUCCGAAGGGAGGAACAGAACUUCAUUUCUCAGCAUGAAAUCGACAACAUGACCCUCAUCAUGCCUGCAGCUGCUGGAAGAGGAAGAGCUAGUGUACAGAAUGUUCAACAGACUGCAUCAGCCUCUAAAAAAGUUAAAAAGAAGCGUGACCGGGAUGUGAAGAGGGAUAAGGAAAAGGAAUUAGCCUCCAGUUUGAUGGUGGCUGCACUGAAACGCUUACUGCCCAUCGGACUCAACCUAUUUGCAGGAAGAGAACAGGAAAUGGUACAACACGCAAAAGACAUGUUCUUGAAAGGGAAAGUUCAAGAGUCUGAUAUUUUUGAAUUCAUGAAACUUCAAUUGACGCUUCCUGAUAAAAUUGAUCCCAGCGACGUCAUGAGUUGGCAACACUACCUUUAUAGCAAAUUGGGCACCAAAAGAGAAAGCACUCAAAAAAUCUCACCCGAUGAACUCGUUGAAAAAAUUAUAGACAUGGCUAAAGUCUUAUACGGAUUACACAUGAUUGAUCAUCCACAAGGUCAAAUGAAGGGCAUGGUUCGAAGCGUUGUAUCUAUGCAGAGAAAGAGGGCUGUUAUUGCCUGUUUCAGAAUGACGUCAUUACAUAGUUUACCGAGGCUCAUAACAGAAAGCCUAUCGGAAGAGCAUGGAAGAUGUUGCUAUCGACAUCCAAGAAACGCAUGGCCAUUAACUGUCUCCGUAGUCUACAAUUUAACAGCCUCAGAAGGUAUUUAUUCUUCCCUCCCUCCUUUUGUAGAUUUUUAUUCUUUUAUUGUUUCUGUUCGCUUAAAAAGGUUUCGACACAUGGCGAAAUACAUUAAAAGUAAAAUGAACAUAGACCGCCAAUACCAAUUUUGCAAGUACGACUCCAAAACCUAUAUUUUUGUUCUGCAGAGCUGUGGGGGUGCAGAUGAAGAGGAGGAGGAAGAAGAGGAAGGGGAAGAGGGACCCUCCAUCCAUGAACAAGAAAUGGAGAAGCAAAAGCUGCUGUUCCAACAAUCGAGACUGGCGGACAGAGGAGUGGCAGAAAUGACGCUACUUUACAUAUCUGCCUGCAAAGGUGUUCAGAGCCCGAUGACGAUGAAUACUCUUAAGCUUGGAAUAUCUAUCCUAAAAGGAGGAAACGUUGACAUUCAGAAGAGAAUGUUGAAACAUCUGAAGGACAAGAAAGACGUCGGAUUUUUCACAUCAGUAGCAGCUUUGAUGAAUUCCUGCAGCGUGUUGGAUUUGGAUGCAUUUGAGCGAACCCAGAAGGCGGAAGGACUGGGUGUUGGAUCAGAAGGGACUGCCGGCGAGAAGAACAUGCAUGACAAGGACUUCACGUGCGCCCUAUUCCGAUUCCUGCAACUACUCUGCGAGGGUCAUAAUCUGGAUUUUCAGAACUAUCUGAGGACACAAGCUGGUAACACAACCACUGUCAACGUCGUCAUCAGUACCGUAGAUUAUUUACUACGAUUGCAGGAGUCAAUUAUGGAUUUCUACUGGUACUAUUCAAGCAAAGAGAUCAUUGAACAACCAGGCAAAGAUAACUUCUGUAAAGCCAUCACUGUCGCCAAACAAGUAUUUAAUACAUUAACAGAAGUCAUUCAGGGUCCCUGCUCUCUCAAUCAACAAGCUUUAGCCCACAGUAGGCUAUGGGACGCAGUUGGUGGUUUCCUCUUUCUCUUUGCACACAUGCAAGACAAGCUCUCCAAAAAUGCUAGUCAAUUGGAUCUGUUGAAGGAAUUGCUGGAACUACAAAAGGAAAUGGUCAUUAUGAUGCUCAGUAUGCUAGAAGGUAAUGUUAUGAACGGAACAAUUGGUAAGCAGAUGGUGGAUACUCUUGUGGAAUCUGCAAGUAACGUUGAGCUUAUCCUCAAAUUCUUCGAUAUGUUUCUGAAACUGAGGGAACUUACAUCGUCAGCCACAUUCCAGGAAAUCGAUUCCAAAAACACAGGUUGGAUCACACCCAAAGAUUUCCAGAAGGCUAUGGAGCAACAGAAAAUCUACUCUUCGGACGAGAUCCAGUAUUUGAUGGGAUGUUGUGAACCUAACCACGACGGUCUUAUUGACUACAGAGAGUUUACUGAGAGAUUUCAUAACCCGGCAAAGGACAUCGGUUUUAAUUUGGCUGUUCUACUGACUAAUCUUUCGGAGCAUAUGCCCAAUGAUCCCAGAUUGUCUCGGUUUUUGGAAACUGCUAGUAGUGUCCUAAAUUAUUUCGAACCCUUCCUAGGAAGAAUUGAAAUUUUGGGUGGUGCUAACAGGAUCGAAAGAGUUUAUUUUGAAAUUAAGGAAUCUACAAUCGACCAAUGGGAGAAACCACAAAUCAAAGAAUCGAAGAGGGCUUUCUUCUACAGUAUUGUAACUGAAGGAGGUGAUAAAGGUAAAUUGGAGGCGUUCGUUAACUUUUGUGAAGAUGCCAUAUUUGAGAUGCAGCACGCCAGCAGUAUCUCGAUGGAGGACGAAGAAGAGACUCCCACAUGCGCCUCAGCCUAUCCAUUCCCAGGAUCCGAUGAUGAACCACCAUCUGCAUUCGAUCCUAUCAAGAAAGGUCUGAAAUAUUUAAAGAACCAAGUGUUUGGUUUGCUGUCGUAUCUGACUCCAUCAAACAUAAAGAAACAAAUCGCCAUCAUGAAAACUAAAACAUUCCCAGAACUCAUCAAAGGAUUUUUCUUCAUGCUCUUUUAUAUCACAUUCUAUUCGGGUGCUACAUUCUAUUCCACAAGCAGGAACAUUUUCCAUGUCAUAUUACUGUUAAUGGGUGGUAAAGCUCUGAUAGAAGGUGAUGAGGAAGAAGUGGAAGAUUUGAAACCAGACUUUGGAAAACCUGCUAUGAUGCCCAUAGAACCCUUACCUAUAGAAGCGCCCCCGCCACCUCAGGAGACACCCACUGAAGGAGGAGGAGAAAAAACUUUAGCACUUACUGGACCAGAAACUGCUGCCACAGAAGGAGAAAAGACAAAAACAAAAGGUGAUGGAGAAGGUACAGAGGGCGCCUCCACCGAAGAGGACGGAAAGAAAUCCCCCACGGGUGAAGAGUCUCAACAGCCACUUGAAGCCAGUACCAGCCAAGUGGUUCCAGCCGAUCAAGCCGCAGCAGCAGCAGCACAAGCAGCCAUGAUUAUGUUGCCACCAGAACCCAUCAGACCAACGGAAACACCUGCAGUGGCUGCAAUCAAUUUUAAAGAAUACGGAAGGAAACUUGUGAGUUUCUUGGCUCGAAAUUUCUACACUAUGAAAUACGCUGCUCUCGUCAUGGCUUUUGCUAUCAAUUUCAUCUUAUUGUUCUACAAGGUUACCAUUCCUGGAGGAGAUGAGGAGGAAGAGGGGGAGGAAGGAGAAGAGGAUGAUGAUGAUGAUGAUAUCGUCUUGGGCAACGGUACUAACUUCGACGACAGUGCAAUACUGGGAGAUGAGGAUGAAGAUGUGGAAGAAUGGGUUGUUAUAGAAGAAAAAGUGUUCUAUUUAGAGCCUGUCAUUCGGCUGUUAGCAGUCACUCACUCCAUUAUUUCAUUUUGCAUGUUGAUCGCCUAUUAUAAUCUAAAAGUGCCUCUGGCGAUCUUCAAAAGAGAGAAAGAAAUCGCGAGGGCUGUGGAAAUCGAUGGUCUUUACAUAUCCGAACAACCUGCCGAAGAUGAUUUAAAAGGACACUGGGAUAAAUUGGUCAUCAGUACAAAAUCUUUUCCUGUGAACUAUUGGGAUAAAUUCGUUAAAAAAAGGGUUCGAGAGACGUACAGUGAGACGUAUGAUUUUGAUUCCAUCAGCAACCUCCUAGGAAUGCAAAAAGGAAGCGCAUUUUCUCAAGAAGAUGAACCAUCUGGCGUGUUUGGCAUGAUAAUGAGCAUGGACUGGAAGUAUCAGAUUUGGAAAGCAGGCGUCACCAUCACAGAUAACGCUUUCCUCUACAACACUUGGUACUUCACGUUCUCAGUGAUGGGAAAUUUCAACUAUUUUUUCUUCGCCGCACAUCUGCUCGAUAUUGCUGUUGGAUUCAAGACUCUAAGAACCAUCCUCCAAUCCGUCACUCACAACGGAAAACAGCUGGUGUUGACUGUGAUGUUAUUGACUAUAAUCGUUUAUAUUUACACCGUCAUUGCAUUCAACUUCUUCCGAAAGUUCUAUGUUCAGGAAGAGGACGAUCAAGUGGAUCAAAAAUGCCACAACAUGUUGACGUGUUUUGUGUUUCACUUAUAUAAGGGAGUAAGAGCAGGCGGUGGCAUUGGUGAUGAAAUUGAUCCUCCUGAUGGUGAUGAAUACGAGGCUUAUAGAAUUCUUUUUGACAUCACUUUCUUCUUCUUCAUCAUUGUCAUCUUAUUGGCUAUUAUACAAGGUUUGAUCAUUGAUGCAUUUGGUGAGCUUAGAGAUCAACUUCAAAGCGUCGUCGAUGAUAUGGAGUCUAAUUGUUUCAUUUGUGGAAUUGGAAAGGAUUAUUUUGACAAAGUUCCCCACGGUUUUGAUACACAUGUUCAGAAAGAGCAUAAUCUCGCAAACUAUAUGUUUUUCCUCAUGCAUCUCAUCAACAAACCUGACACAGAAUAUACUGGUCAAGAGACCUAUGUGUGGGAGUUCUAUCAGAAGAGGUGCUGGGACUUCUUUCCUGUGGGUGAUUGUUUCAGGAAACAAUAUGAAGAUGAACUGAUGGGGGGAACUAGCUAAUUCAGAGUUUUAUUCUCUGAAUUUUUUUUAAAAAAAAGAGUGGUGCUGCAUAACGAUGUGACUGUUGAACAUUUCAGCAAUUGUACAUGCUAAUAAAUAAUUUCCUUUUUUUUC